AUGGAUCCGAAUUUGAAACCCAAAUCCCUUAUGGAGAAGUGGUUUACCAAGGAAAUGUUUGAGGUGCGACUGGUUAAUAAUAUAUUUUAAGUCGGUGAUAUACUGUAGCUUGAUGAUGAUUUAUACUUAUUUCAUCGUUUUAGGAUUUUUUUCCGAAGGCAAAUCAAGGCUGGGGCCUUCAUCCUUGUCUCCCCUAUUCGUACGAGUCGUUUAUCUUGGCUGCCAGAUAUUUUCCAGAAUUUGGCGCCGGAAUAAAAGGAGGGAGACCACCUUAUACUCAAAGAGAUCUUCAAAGAAGAGACUUGGCAGCUUUCUUUGCUCAUAUAAUUGCCGAAACUGGAGAAAACGACCUUCGGCUCUACAGGUAAGCCGUCAUUCUUUAUAAUACAGAAGUGUGAUUCGAAAAAAUUAUAUUUUUACCUUAUUUUAGCCAGAUCAAGAACCCCAAACUGGCGGACGAGUGUUUCUACCGGGGAGGUCUCUACCAUUUCUUCGAAGGAGGCCCCAAAUCCAAGCUCUUCUCGUCUUCCCGGCAUGGAUUCUCCAUGGAUGAGGGAGAAUCGUGUGUAGAAGAAGGGCGAUAUUGUGCUUCCAAUCCAGAAAUCGACUUCUGGUAUCCUUGCAAUCAGCCGAAUAUAAACUCCAGCCUCAAUCACACUACCUAUUCUGGCUGUUAUUUUGGUCGAGGACCCUUACAACUCUCAUGGAACUAUAAUUACGGACAAUUCUCCCAAUUUCUUCAUACCCAUGGAAUCGAUGUUGAUUUAUUGAGUAAUCCCAAUGAACUCUUGACAAAAAAUGAUCCCCCUUUGGCUAUGUUGUCGGCCAUUUGGUUCUACAUGACGCCGCAGCCACCAAAACCAUCAAUGCACGAUAUUAUGAUGGGUAUGCAACGACUGAUUGUAUUAACCAUGGCCAAAAUUAAUUAUUACAUUGACCAUGGUCAAUAUUGAUCAUGAAAUUGUCAUACAUUUUUCGCCAUUGCAGGAAAUUGGCAUCCAAGUGAGAAAAACAAACGAGCUGACUACAAGGGGUCAGUUUUUGGCCCAACAAAUUUGGUUAUCAAUAACGAAUGUGGCGGAGAAGACGAAGAGACACCCGGCGGGCCCAAGGAAAACAGAAGAAUCAAGGCAUUCAGAUGGUUCUGCGAGAAAUUGGGGGUUGAGCCCGGAAUCAGCAGGACCUUGUCUUGCAAAGGUACGAAGCAUUGAUUUACAAGUCAUUAAAACAACGGUUUUAUGACCUACUAUAAUAUAAUCAAUCUCAUAUAAUCCAACCAAUCUCCAGGUAUGGUCAACGGGUUCGAUGCCAUUCAACAGAAACUGUCUUGGCAACCCGAUUGGGCGAACAUGUGGAAGCCGGAGCCCUGUGAUUGUGCUCCCGCCCCCUACCCCGGGGUUAUUCCCUAUUACGAACCCAAAUUAUAUAGAGCCCAUGCCAUCCGAGACAACGAUCGCAACCGACUUCGUUGUGUUUUCAGCAUCUACCGGAACCCGGACAUAUACCGGAUCGACCAAAAUAAUUCCCCUUGCUUCAACCACACCGUCAAGAUUCGAUUGAGUCGAUUUGGCCCCGAAUAA